CAGUUCCUUCUGAAACUAUCAAGCUAAACAUGAACGCAAAGGUUUUCAUCCUCCUCGGCCUGGUGGCUGUUGUUGCUGCCGACAAAUUGGCAUCUUUCGAGUCAGGAGAGGCCAAAUACGACUUCAACUGGGCUGUCAAACACGACGACUCCGACAACGACUUCGGACACCAGGAGGCCCGCAAUGAAGACGACACCCAGGGAUCCUACUACGUGCAGCUCCCCGACGGCCGCCUGCAGACCGUCAGGUACGUCGUGGACGGCGACAACGGCUACGUGGCUGAGGUCAACUAUGAUGGCGAGGCUCGUUACCCCGACUCCAAUGAAUCAAAGUAAUUAGAAUCCAACGUCCCGGAAUAAUCAGCUGAUAACCCAUGAUAUGGCUUGCAUAUAUAUAUGUAUAUAUGUAUAUUUAUCCUUAUAUGUAAAUAAACAAUUGUCAUAAAA